AUGACGCGGGCAGCGUUGAACCGCCUCCCGACGGAGAUCGUCCACUUGAUUCUGGGCCAUUUGGGCUUCAACUGCAGCGGGAAACUCCUCCCAGAACCCCCAAAUGCGUACAUCCGUGCCGAUCGCCAAGAGAGUGACCAGCCGUCUUGGUACUCCUUGAAGCUUCAGACGCUGCUCUCGCUGUGUUUCGUCACCAGGCGCUUGUGCGAGAUUGUGCAGCCCAUUCUAUACCAUGAGUUCAUGCUCGGUUACGGCGAUUCAUGGCGCUCGGAUGUUUACGCCUGGGAUGGCCGACUUAUUUCAUUCAUGCGAACCGUGGCCCAGCGACGAGAUCUGGCCGCCCUUGUCAAGCGGAUCUUUGUCCAUCCGUAUCUCCUGGCAUGCUUUGACGAGAGACAGACAACUAUAGAAUGCGCAUGUUCUAUGUUUUACAUGUGUGGUAACUGUACAAGCAACUUUUUCAUUCACGAGCCCAAACCGCGCCAAUACAUCGGCGAGGAUGAAGCUCGGGCUGCGCUCCAAGAGCUCGCACGUAUAUCGGGGCUCGAAGACCUGGUGUCCCUCUCAGCAGCUAACCUCUUGACGGUGUUGAUCGCCCAGCUGCCCAAUCUCGAACACUGCAGUCUCCAAGUCGUCCCAUACCCAGAUGAGAUCGUCCGCUCUGCAGGCCUCCACGCCACAAGAACCACCCGUCUCCCCAUCAAGACCCUCGACCUGUCCCUGAGAGCAUCAGCCACCGACGGCUGGCACAGCGAGCGAUUCGAUAUCGGCCGGUGCACGCGCGCUCUUCUCGAUGCAUCCCCCUGCCUCGAAACCCUCAACCUCCACAUGUGUCGCGGCAUCUCCGACACCGAAUCCCUCUCCCUGCCCAACCUCAAGCACCUGCACCUCACAUUCAGCCGCCUCAGCGAGCGCAGCCUCCAGUCCCUCCUCUCCACCUGCUCCGGCCUGCAAUCCUUCUUCUACGAGGCCUCCACCCACUUCAACCGCCUCAGCUGCACAUACCACUUCCGCCUCUCAUCCGCGAUCAAGCACCUCGCCCGACAUCGCGCAUCCCUCCAGUCGCUGCAUCUCGAUCUGCGCGCCCGCGGCUUCAUCUCCCCCGCCCAGGAAGACCGAAUCUCAUUCACCCUGCGCGACUUCACCUCCCUGACCCACCUCUUCCUCAAUAUAGACGAGUUCCACUCCCACUGGAUCGCCGCAGACCCCGACCCAGCCGGCGAUCAGAACCUCCUCGUCCAUCUCCUCCCCUUUAGCAUCGUAUCUCUCCAUCUAGCAGGUCAUAUCACAGACGAGCUUCCGCGCCUAGAAUCGAGUCUUCUCGGUCUUGCGCAUGCUACGUUACACGGGCAGUUCCCAACACUCGAGGAAGUCCGGUGGGACGAGAGCGAGAAGCUAGCCGAUGAGGCUCAAGUGCGUUCGGUCUUCGCAGAUGCAGGCGUGAGCUUCGAAUAUGAUACUUGGCCGCUGAGUUCGUCGACGCUAGGCGAUGUCCCGGGACCACUGGGUCCGUCGUACGUUGAUCCGUGGUAUAAUCCGCACAGUCGACAGGGGAACCGGUUGGGCAACGACGCAUAUGCUCCCCUUUUUUGAGGAAUAACGCCAGGAUGUCGUUGUCCAGUGUUUAUAUUGCUUUUCUGGUCGAUUGGUCGAUUUUGCGCUUGCUUUGCCU